CAAAGGUUUUGUGCUGACGCGGCAAUAAUGGAAGCGAAGGGGGUGGAGGAGGAGGCCAGAGAGCACACGCGUCGUGCGGACGUCGAGGCCUUCGUGACCAAGGACGGCUCUGUCGUCCGGGAGCUGAUGCACCCAAACGUUCACGGGAACUCCAACACGAGCGUCGCGGAGUGCAUAGUGGCGCCUGGACAAACGACCCUACUGCACAAACACCACAAGUCGGAGGAGAUAUACCACAUCACGGCAGGAAGUGGGCUGAUGGAGCUGGGAGGGCCGGACAAUUCAUGGUUCAGGCUGGUGACACUGUGUGCAUUGACCCUGGCUCUGAGCACGGAAUAACCAACAACUCCUCGGGCAGUACAGAGCUAAAGAUCAUUGCUGUAUCGUCACCACCCUACCAGCACAGUGACACAGAAGUCGUAUAGAUGGGGUCAAGAAUUAACAACGGAAUAUUCACUCCACGUGUAUAUAGAUAACAUAACUGUGAUAGGAAGUUUGUGAGGAAUGAUGAUAAAAAUUGAACCCCAAAGUAGAGCAGAGACUAAUAUAUAAAUGGUGUCAUAUUCCUUCUUGUGAUUCGGCCA